AUGAUAUUCCCUCUAAUUUCCGAAGAAGAAAAAAUAUUUAUGAAAAAUUAUGGCAAAUAUAGAACCUUUACUGAACAAAUUAAUUACAAUUCUAGCGAUUAUUGUGUUGCCUAUACGCAAUGUGAAGUGGCUUAUUAUGCAAAGACUUCGAGCACUGUGCAAAAUGGAAAAGAAGUAGAUAAAAAAGUAGAAGAGCGUGCUGAUGAUGUUAGAGAUAAUAAACCUGCUACUAUGGCCGAAAUAAGCCUCAUGAUGGACAAAUAUGGCAUCAAGCUAAAAAUAGUUAAUGAUGAAAAUUAUCAGAGAACACAAGAAGAAAUAGAUAAUGGUAUUGAAGUUAUAUAUGUAGAAAAAGGCAGUAAAGAUGACAAAAAUGCUGAUCAAGUUGGACACGCUUAUUACAUAGAUGCGAAUGGAAACCGCUUUGAUGUCGAAACUAAGCUAAACAAUUGUUUUUAUGGAAUUUUUAGUAAAAUAUUAGAAACAAAAGGCAUAAACAAAUCUAUAGAGAAUAUUCGUAAUGAAUUAGCUGAUGAUAUAAAAUCAAAUGCAAACUAUUCGAAAGUAAUGGAAGCAGAAAAAUGGAUACAUGAUCGACAUCCUCAAGAGGCGAAUAGUUUAUUAUUUAGUGCUGGAUUACGUCUAGUACCCUCAGCUAGUUACCGACAGGAUGGAGUCACAUAUGAGCAACUUCAAGAGAAAAAAAGACAAAACCAGAAUUUAACAAAAGAAGAAGAGAUGCUUAUCAAAGAUUAUGAAAGUAAAGGGCAUUUAGAAGUCGAGCCUAAAGACUUAUCAAAGCUUAAUUACUCAGUACAUAAUACGAAAGACCGUGGUAAACCACACGAUGCAGCCUUUAAAGUAAGUGUCUUAAUAGUUUUCUUUUCAUAA